CUCUCAUUCGUCUCCCCUCUCCCCAGCUGCCUGUGUAUAUAAGCCAAUGGCAAGUCGCCAAGAUAACCAGACUGGAAAAGCAUCGGCACGGGCGGUAGGAUAAAGUAGCAUAGCAUACCACAAAAGGUGCUGCUUGACAGAUGGCAAGCUUCCCACACCUCACGCAGAUGGAGCAUGGCCUAGCCAGUGGUGCCUCCCAUGGCACGCCGAGCUUCUUCUUCUGCCAUGGCACAGCCACGGCGGAUUCAGCCUCGCUGGAGACCUCGUCUGGUGUUCUCGACACCUCCCCACGAGGCACUUCUUCUGACGACAACAAGGCCUGCAGGAAGCACAAGGAAGAUAGUGGUGCCAGCUUCAGCUCUGCUCGCUCCAAGGACUCAAACUCAAAGGAAAGCAGCAAAAGGAGCGGAGGAAAAAGAGACAGAAGCAGCAAGAAGGUGGACGAGGAGGAGCCCAAGGGGUACAUACAUGUCAGGGCGAGGAGAGGACAAGCAACGGACAACCACAGCCUUGCAGAGAGGGUGAGGAGGGAGAGAAUCAGUGAGAGGAUGAGGGUGUUGCAGGCCCUGGUCCCUGGCUGUGAUAAGGUCACUGGAAAAGCCCUCAUUUUGGACGAGAUCAUCAAUUAUGUGCAGUCCUUGCAGAACCAAGUUGAGUUCCUUUCCAUGAGGAUUGCUUCCCUGAGCCCUGUGCUGUAUGGUUUUGGCAUGGACAGUAGUGAUGCUUUCAGUGACCUUAUAACUCAGAUCGAAGGGAUGGCCCACCAUGAGGCGUUCGCGAUGCCUAGCAGCUCUGUCCUGAACGGCACUCCGUCGGAAGCUCUCGUGGACACGCACACCUCCAGCUCCUCCCCGUCCUACGAGGUCCACGGCGACGGCGGCACCGCCAGCGUCUCUUUCCCUCAGGACAGUGGCAGCUACAUGGUGCAAACAGUAGGUGAGCCAAGGCAAGAGCUGUUCAGCCAAGUGGUGUUCAGUAACCACAUGUGCCCUUUCCAGUAGGGAGAGAGCGAGAGGAUGGAAGGACGACAGGAAGCAAUAAUGUUGAGAUCCUAUGGAGGUGGAGGCCACCACCAGACGAGUUUGUGAUGUUGGACGCAAUCCAUCCCCUCGUCGGUGGCCGUAACGGGAACCCCUGCGGUAGCUAGCAUUAGCAGUAGUAAUAAUAGUAGGCUGUUGGUUACAUCAUCCUGUUAGAUCUCAAGGUCUCUGUCGGUACCGCAUCAUCUAGUAGGCAUUGUUGCUGCUUAGCUUUUGGGCUCUCUUAUUACCAAGGGUUGCAUGCAUGCCAUUGUAUUGUACUCUCCAAUUGGAAAAAAAAGAAAAAAAAUCAUUUGUUCAUAAACACAGUCAAUUUGUGCUC